UGGUUUUUAAAACUGAGGGUUUAUUUUUAGAUUCUGAGAUUAACCGAAUAACAGAAUAACGUGAGUUUUCUAUUCUGAUUUAUUCCAAACGUACCGUCAUUAUUUUUGUGGUUCCGAACUAAUGAGGAGGAGAGUGUGAUGUCGUCGCUUGUAUGGUUUUUGCCACCACCGCUUUUUUUUCAGGGAGGGCUUAAUGGGAUGUUCUGUUACUUUCGAGCUUCCCUUUUCUUCAAGAUAAGUUGAAAUCAUAUAAAAAAUAUCAAUAUACCCCAGAUAACCGUAGAUAAGUGAAAUAACAAAAACUGGUACUGUGUAUAAAAGAGCUUGGAUACUGAGUUGCUUCCUCCGUCCAUGGUAGCAUGGGAUGUUGACAUCAUGGGUAAACUGAAAUGUUUCGAAAUCUACUUGGACAGUAACAAGUCUGUUUACCAUCCAGGAGAGAGGGUUACUGGUCAGGUAAUCGUAGAACUAAAAGGGGACAUGAAAAUGCGAUCCCUUCGCGUAUUUAUGCGUGGUGUCGCGAAGGUCCAUUGGACAGAAUCUCGCAGUACAGGCAGCCGACUUGGUUCCUACACAGAACACUACAAUGCUGAAGUGGAGUACUUUUUCAAGAGACAGGUUUUGUUCGGCGGAGAAGUGUCUGAGGGGAGAGAAACGUUAACUGAAGGAAGGCAUGAGUUCAAUUUUGCUUUUGAUCUCCCAAUGGGAGGCAUUGCCACAUCAUUUGAAGGUAAACAUGGCAGCAUCCGAUAUUGGCUAAAAGCAGAAAUGGACAAACCUUGGGCUUUCAAUCAUAAAACCAAAAAAGCCUUUACUGUAAUAUCCCCAAUUGAUAUAAACAAACCUGAAUAUCAGAUUCAGGUUGAAAAUAACAUUGAAAAAACUUUAUGUUGCUGGUUAUGUACAUCAGGACCUAUUUCUAUUACUGCACGCACAGAUCGAAAAGGCUAUUGCCCAGGAGAAUCUAUUGCAAUUUCAGCCGAGUUCGAUAAUUGGUCAUCAAGAACAGUUACACCUUAUGCUUCCUUGCAUCAAACACAAGCAUUUUUUGCAAAUGGAAAAUCUAGAGUACGCCGUACCAAAUUUACUGUUCUCACAGGUUUGCCUGUUUCUCCUGGCAGUGGUGGCAUGUGGGAAUCUCAGCUUCUCAAAAUUCCAGCAGUCUCUCCUUCCAUAAUGAAUUGUUGUGUUAUGAAGGUGGAUUAUUUUGUUAAGGUUGCAUUGCACAUCCCAGGAUCAUACAAUCUGACGCUACAGCUACCCGUGGUGAUAGGUACUGUUCCCUAUCGAAGAGCACGUCCUUAUCACUACUCUUCCGAACCUCGAUACUGCCGACCACUCCAACCACAAACAUGUAGCCUAAACCUAUUACCUUUACCGCCACCUUACAGAGAAACUGUUACCCCACCACCUCCAUUCGAAGAACCUCCAACAUAUGCUGAGAGUGUUGGCGGUGCAGUUGAUAUUCGUGAUGAAGAUGAUGAUCUAACAUGUAAUAUGGGAGAUCUCACCUAUACACCAAUGUAUACAUAUGUAUACGAUUACAGACCUCCACCAGCCUAUUCAGAGAUUGAUCCGAAUCCUUCAACUCAAUCGACCACAGUACGUUUUCUGGAAGACGGACAUUCAUGACGCUGAACUGGCAACAUUAUGUCAUAUAGUCCACUAUUGUUUGAGCUGGCCAGAUAAAAAGAGAUUGCCAUCUUGAUUCUAACUCUGACUCACAUGAGUAGCCAUUACUUGUUGGCUGUUGCUGGUCAAUCUGUCUACAAGCUAUGCUGACCAAGAAGAGUAAUCAAAGUGUAUGUUUAUAUAUAUAUAUAUAUAUAUAUAUAUAU